AAUAAGAUAACCCCUAAACAACGUCCCCUUUCUCCUUCAACAAAACGCCGCAACCCAUCUUCUUCUGCCGCUUUCACCGCCGCCGACUCUUCCUACUGAGACUAUGGCGAAAAACAGGAACAACAAGAAGAAGAGAAACGACGUCGUUUCUAUGGAUACCACCGACCCAUCUGUUUCGGAACCACCUCAAGCAAUGGAUACUUCAGAAUCAGGUGCUGCUAGUGCUACUACCAAUAUGAAGAUGAAGCUGAAGGGAAGGCCGAUGAAGAGAACAAAAAAUGUUCGAAAGAAGAAGGCAAUAGCUAAAGCCAUAUCCGCACACGAGAAGUCUUCGGAGAAAAUAUCAAAGCAUGAAAACAAAAAAAGUAGAGUUCAGUCUGCCAAAACACUCUAUGAAUGAAUAGCUGGGAUGUCCUAUAUCAUCACUUGGAAAAAUGAUACUUUAUCUGGCAAAAUGCAAAACUGAGUACACGGCUUUUGUCAUUUGAUUAAGCUAAAUUUAAUUAUUUAUUUUGGCUAGGCUUUUUUUGUAAGUUUUUGAUGAAUGAAGUUCCUUUAUUUUGUUGCA